GGGCCGCCAUUUUGACUGAGCAACCAUAGUGACAGGAGCCGAAGCUGCAGCGCUGGUUGUCCCCGUCUCCCCUCCCCCUUCCCUUCUCCGGUUGAAUUCCCGGGCCCCCUACACUCCACCGUCCCGGCCCUGCCAUGUCCCAGAAACAAGAAGAAGAGAACCCUGCGGAGGAAACCGGAGAGGAAAAGCAGCAAAAAUACUUUGACUCAGGAGACUACAACAUGGCCAAAGCCAAGAUGAAGAAUAAACAGCUGCCAAGUGCAGGACCAGACAAGAACCUGGUGACUGGUGACCACAUCCCCACCCCGCAGGAUCUACCCCAGAGAAAGUCCUCACUCGUCACCAGCAAGCUUGCGGGUGGCCAAGUUGAAUGAUGCUGCCGGGGGCUCUGCCAGAUCCUGAGAUGCCGCCCCUGGGUCCUGUGCUGGCUCCUCCCCUCCCUGCUUUUGCAGCCGGGGGUCGGGUGGUGGCUUGGGAAUGGGCUGGAGAGGCCGAAGCCCCCGCCCGCUGGUGUCCUAGCGCAUGGAGGCCCUUAGCCUGAGCACCAAGACCUUGACCUUUUUUUUUGUUUCACCUUUUUUUCCAAAUAACUGUUGGGAGAACUCUCAAUGAAAUCCUGUGGGUGUGGUGGAGAGGGUGGGGUGGGAGAGUCGGUGGAUAUGAAUUUGAAUUUAGAGUUCAUAAAAAAGCAUUCCUGACUGUC